AACAUGAAUCUGGAGAGCUACUUUGAGAGGAUUGGCUACAAUGGUCCUUCUGACAAAGCAGAUCUGGAAACCCUAAAGAAUCUCCACCGGCAACAUGUCCUGUCAAUCCCAUUUGAAAACCUCAGCAUUCACUGUGGAGAGUGGAUCACCACGGACCUGGAGUCCAUCUACACCAAAAUUGUGAAGAAUAAUCGAGGGGGUUGGUGCAUGGAAAACAACCAUCUCUUCUCAUGGGUACUGAAAGAGAUGGGCUACACCAACACAACACUGGGGUCAAGAGUGUUCAAUAGAGACAAAAAAGAAUUUAACCCAAAUGAGUCCCAUCUCAUUAACAAGGUCCUAAUUAAUGGGAAAUCAUACAUUGCAGAUGUGAGCUUUGGGGUGUCUUAUCAACUAUGGCAUCCCAUUGAACUCGUCUCAGGCAAAGAUCAACCACAGCUCCCUGGUGUGUUCCGCCUUGUGGAGAAAAGUGGAGUGUGGAUUUUAGAGAAAACAGGAAGAAAGCCCCUUAUUCCAAAUGAGAGCUUUGCCAAUUCAAGUCUUAUAAACAAAAGCUUAACUUCACAAAUGUACUCCUUCACUCUAAAACCACGGGGCAUUGACCACUUCCAGGAGACCUCUAAUUUCUAUCAGACCUCACCAGAGGCUCUAUUCACAAACAAGUCCAUCUGCUCCCUGCAGACACCCACUGGAUUCAAGGCACUCAUUGGCUGGACAUAUAGUGAAGUCACCUACAAUUACCAAGAUGGGAUUGAUCUGCUUGAUAUGAAGGAUAUAGCCAAUGAUGAAAUAGAUAAAGUAUUAAAGGAAGAAUUUUCCCUGUCAUUAAAGAGUAAACUUACUCCCAAAAACACAAAAGUCUGCUUCAACCUGUAGUCCAGUAACCACAUCUGGUUGAAGCAAAAUUUGCUCAUCGUUACAUAUCCUUUCUUAUUUAAAUGCAAGACUAACCAUCCAUAUGGAUAAUUCAUACACAGAACUUUUUAUGAAAUGUAUGAUAACGGGAAAACAGUGAAUGUGGGCAGCUGAUCUAUCAGUGCUGGUUACUAGUGCGUCAUGAUUUGGACAGCGGUACAAUUUCUGUUGUUUUGGCUCUGUACUCCAGCACAUUGGAUUUGAAAUGAAAAAUUAAAUGAGACUGUCACCUUUAAUUUGAGGCUAUUUACAUACAUAUUGGGCAAUCCAUGCAAUCCAUUACAUCCCUUAUUAGGUGCUUCAUCCCACAACAAGGCAUGAUCCAAAACAUACACAAGUACAUGUCUCUU